AUGUUGGGGCGGAUUUAUCCGCUAGUAGUGUUACUGGUAAUCGCUGAUAUUGUUAUGAAGGUAUCAUGCGCGGAGAAAGGGAGUUUAACCUUUGUAAUAGAUGAUAGUCUCUCGAUGCAAGAUGACAUAAGCCUAAUCAAAAAGAGCGUAAACCCGGCCAUGAUGAGUAUUGUUUUCAACGACACAUCCAGUGUGAACAAUAUAGUUCUCGUCACAUUCAACAACUCAGAUGCACAUGUAAAGGUGGUGGCCAAGAAUCAUAACGAACUUGACAAGGCAUUAAAAGACGUUAAGGCACUCAGUAAAAAUGACCCGAAGCAUCAAGUACUAUCCAUGGAAGGAUUGAUUCUAGCUUUGGAAAAGAGUAAUCGUGGAUCCCAAGUGUAUGUUUUCACUGAUGCUUAUGCCAAAGAUCAUCAGAAAGCUCACAUUGUCAAAAAACUGUGCCAGAAAAAACAAUCUCAGAUUUAUUUUGUGAUUACCGUCAUUAAUACGAAGCAGUAUCUAGAUGAAAAUAUGCUCAUGUAUCACGAAACAGCUCAGGCGUGUUUAGGCCUAGCCUAUGAAGUAAACAAAGAUGAUGUUUUACAGGUAUUCAGACUAAUAACCAAUACUGUAAUUGACAACAUGAUUGUAGUUUAUCAAGCCACUUUUCCAAACACUAAUUAUAAACGUAAUUAUAUUAAGUUCCAUGUAGAUCAGCUAACUAAAUACUACGUCGUCUCAAUAGCUGGAAAACACGUGAAUCUAACUUUUAGCCCAACUCCCCGGCACCCGCGUUACGUGCAAAAUUCUUUAACAAAACAUAACAUCGGUGAAGAGAUUGUUAACACGGAUAAUUUAAAAGUAUUCAAGAUUAUAAACGUAAAACCUGGCGAAUACAUCUUUGAAGUGAACAGUAAAUCAGAGACAUCCGUCGUCAUAGUGGGCAGGUCUGAUUUCCACUUCGAACAUGGUUUCUCGGAGCUGAAGCCCGAGUCACUUAAUGACACGGUUUUUCAACCAAUAGCCGAUGCAAAAAUCCACUUGUCAGUAUUCGUUUACGAUGGAAGUAAAUCGGUGGUAAUAACAAAAGCCCUUAUAAUUGGAAUGAACGACGAGCCUAUCACGCCAGAACUUCCAUUAACAAACAUUUCUAAAGAUUUUUACGUUACUCGACCCUUUACUACGCCAAGACAAACGUUUAAAGUAGUGGUCUAUGGGAAAGUGAAUGCAACGGAUAUCACGCGUUUCGCAAAACUUCCUAUUACGCCAAUAAAAUUACCAGACAACCAAGUACUUAAUGUAGUGAUUGCUGAAGGCAAAGAAACUUCUGUGGAAUACAAUAGUUCCUUGAAAUUAACUUGCAAAGUGACCGCAUUCCCCAAGCCUAAAAUAUCUUGGUACAACAAUAAGGGACAACUAAUACCUUCUAAAAGUUAUAUGUCUGAAUACCCGUAUGACUACGUAAGUCACCUGGAGAUGCCAGUCGCGAAAGAAAAUAAAUAUAUGUGUAGUGUAGUAAAUGAUAUAGGACUGAAAAAUGCAUCGAUCAACGUCAAAAUCAAUGACAUUUUUACUGUAGUUGACACUCCUAAACGUACGUUAUUGGAGUACGGUAAGCCAGGUGCCCUAAAAUGUGACGUCAAAUCAACACUUCCCAUGAAUAUCCGCUGGUACCAUGUAGAUGAAAUGUCUGGAACCAAAACAGAAGUGGUUGAUUCUAUCAACUACUCAAUGUCAGCGGACAGGACUGAACUAAAAAUAAUCAAAAUGGAUUUGUAUUUAUCUGGAAUGUACGUCUGCCAGGCAUAUCUGGUGAACGAUAAAAAUAUCAAAAAGGAAUUCAGAAAACUAGUUGAAAUUACUGGUUUAGUGGAGCCUAAAAUACAAACACAGGCUAAAAUAACAGGGAUCAAGGGUGCAGCUAUCGUCUUAGAAUGCAACGUAAGUGGUAUACCAACGCCAACCAUUCAAUGGCAGUUUAGAGGCAAAUCUGGUUCCAAGUUUGAACCACUGGCUGAGACUAGACGCGUGCUACGUAUUAAUAGUGUAGAAGCCAAACACGAGGGUCAGUACAAGUGUGUGGCAGAAAACGUAUUAGCUAAGGAUGAGAAGGUUACAACAUUAAUUGUUCAAGAAAUACCAAGGAUGGUAUCAAAUUCAUCUACUACGUAUCAAAGUACUGAAGGAGACGCUACUUUGAAGAUACCGUGUGUCGCCAAUGGAGACCCAAAACCAAGCAUCACCUGGAAAAUGGACGGUCAGCCCAUUGCAAUGCCAAGUGCCAAGUAUGUGGUAGAAGACGGAGCACUUGUAAUAAGAAAUCCGACAGUAGCAGAUACUAAGUCGUACGAAUGUGUAGCUACUAAUGAGGCCGGCUCAGUAAGCACCACUUUCAAAACAUUCAUACGACAGAAACCACAAGUUGUAGGUGUUGCUACUAAGAAGGUUAACCUCGGAAUGGCCGUUGAUAUAGAAUGCAGCGUUGUCAAGGGUUGGCCAAAACCGAACAUAAGAUGGUUCGUGGAUAACUCUGGAAAACAAUUCGUGCCAAUCGCCGGGUCGCUAGAUGUGAUGCACAUUGCGAGGGCAGAAAACAUACACACAGGUCGCUACAAGUGCGUGGCACAGAGCAAAGCUGGAACGGUCGAACACGUCACUAGUCUUACUGUGGAAUCACGACCAGAAAUCGUUACAAAAUCUAAAUCAAUAGAAGUCAUAGAAGGCGAUUUAGCAAUAAUGGUACCUUGUGACGUUACAGGAGUUCCACAGCCCGCUGUUACAUGGAAAAUUAAUAAUACUAUUAUUAAACCUAAUCUAAAAUACUCGUUCAGCAAUGGAUCACUGAUUAUCCAAAAUCCGAAUAAAGCAGAAAUUGGAAAAUACGUCUGUGAAGCUAAAAACUACCUCGGAUCAAUCAGCACCACAAUUGUAGUUACAUUUGAAAAAAGACCCAGCACUUUCGGAACAACACACUUCGUGUACUUAUUAUAUGGUCAAAACAGGGAUAUCGAAUGUGAAGCGUAUCGUUCUAAAUCUCAAUCAAUUAAAUGGUUCAAUAAUGAGGGAGAGUUGAAAAAGAAAUCCAUUCAAAUAACUAAAGCAACGGUUUCAAAUGACGGCAACUACACAUGUCAUGUGAGUGACAAGCAGGGACACACGGAAACACACACAUACGUUGUUGAUGUGGGCGGCCCACCCAAACUAUUGGGAGAUAAUCCCCUUAAUGAUUGGCGUGGCGAAGUACAAGAAAUCCGAUCCAACUGCGAUAGCGACGCAAAACCACAAGCUAAAGUUCAAUGGAAAUAUAAUGGUAAAGUGAUACCUGAUAAUGAUGUGCAAGAUAUAGGUGUCAUCUACAAAUGGGGUCAUUAUACUUGCAACGUAUCUAAUCCACACGGCUCCGUAUUGAAAGAUUUUGACGUAAAGUCUUCUGUAUGUUUGAUACCCAAAAACUCAAAAUACGCCGAGUAUAUGCCACUACUACUCAGCGAAGAUGGAACUUGGCCCAAAUGGAAGACCUCGAAAUAUUUCUUUGUAGUAGAUGCAGAGGAAACAACUACUUUAACUUGUCUGAACCGCACAGAUUAUCCAAAUUCUUUCAAAAUAUUCCCAUCAAAGACUGCAAUAGUAGCAAAAUGUUUUAAAGAAGACGAAUUGGUAGUGGAUGCGGGAAUAUAUAAAAUUUCGGAGCUGCAAUGUGCUCAUAAGAAUUAUUAUUUAACAAACAAUGCUGUUCGAAUAACACUAUGGUUUACCUCUGGUAGUUUUUCUCAAUUUUGUGGAGUCUAUUAUUACUUCUUUUUACUUAUUUACUACUAUUAUUUGUAA